UAACGCUGUCACCGGUCACGUUCAGUCUAUCUAGGGGCUCACGCUUUGAAAGCCUCUGUGGGCAGCCGAGCUGUAAAGCUGACCUCAUACGGAUAAUAUCGAUGAGGCGGCAGGCGCUGUUGGCCCUGCUGUGCUCACUGACGCUCAUCAGUGGCCAGCGAGCCAGACAGGGAACAGGGACAAACAGCCGGAACGGCAGUCGGCCAUGCGGGAUUGUCAGCAACGCCAGCCGGCCACACCCCUGGAUAGCUCGUUUGGGAUACUGGAAGUUCGAAGCGAGCAACAACUCUGGUCGGCCGACGUACACGCUGAAGUGGCUCUGUGGCGGCAGUCUGGUCACCAGGACGAUGGUGGUGACGGCAGCACACUGCGUGGCAGGCGCAGUCAGGGAAGGCCGCCACCUGUUGGUUCGUCUGGGAGAGAUGGACACCAUCCGGCGCAGCGGCUGUGAGCAGGACAUCUACGUCUCCAACAUCGUGCUGCACCCCGGCUACAGCACCAACAGCCAGUCGCACCACGACGACAUCGCCGUGCUGCACCUGCGUCGGUCGGCCACGCUCGGGCCGUGCGUGGGGACCAUCUGCCUGCCGGCCCCGGGCGCCGAGCCGACCCCCGGCCAGCAGGUCCGACUCGCCGGCUGGGGCCUGGUGGCCUUCAACAGCGAUGAGACGGCCAAACAGCUGAAGAACCCUUCUCGGGAGGUUCUGCCACUAAGCAGCUGCUCCAGCGCCUACCCAUCAUACCUUCUAAACGCCUUCUACCCAGGCGGUCUCGGGACGAAUAAGAUAUGCGUCGCCUCUGGACAAAACAUACCUAUCUGCAAGGGCGACUCGGGCGGCCCUGUGGUGUGGUUCAUGCCCGGCCCGCGGCGCUACCUCCUGGUCGGAGUGAUAUCGGUGGGGAUCGGCUGCGGCGCCGACCACCCGGGCAUCAACAUCAGGGUGGCGCCCUACGUCCAGUGGAUCCUCGCCAACCGAUGACCGUGGCCCUGUCUGCCUCUUUAUGUGAAUGUGGACAAAUUACACUGAUCCCGAAGUUGUGUUUCAUUUCAGAGGCUUGAAUAAGUCGAUAGUAUAAGUGAAAUACCCUUCAUCUUUGACGUCAGAUGACGCAGAAGUCUUUUGCAAUUUUGCAUCAUAUCAAACAUAUCAGCUCAUUCGGGAUAUCAAACAUGUUGACUUGGCCAUGGGUCCUGCCAAUGUUCCUCUGUGAUCAAUAAAGAUGAACUUUAUCAAGGGCUCUU